AUGAGCCAGAAAGCGGGGAAGGAGGGUCCCCGCCUCUCCAAGAACCAGAGGCUCUCCGAGCACUUCAGCAUUCGCUGCUGCCCGCCCUUCACCUUCCUCAACUCCAAGCGGGAGAUCGUGGAUCGGAAGUACAGCAUCUGCAAGAGCGGCUGCUUCUACCAGAAGGAGGAGGAGGACGUGGUGUGCUGCGCCUGCCAGAAGGCCAGAACCGGCCGCCGUGCAGCGUCCCCUAAGAGGCCCAAGCAACCGCCAGCCGCGCCCCCCGCCGUGGUCAGAGCUCCGGCCAAGCCACGGUCCCCUCCGAGGUCCGAGCGUCAGCCGCGCCCCCGCCCAGAGGUCCGACCGCCACCAGCCAAGCCUCGGCCCCCUCCGAAGGCCAAGAAACAGCCGCGCGGCAGCCCCGCCCGAGGGCCAGGCGCCAGCCGUGGGGGCUCCCCCGGCAAAGCUUCUAGGUUCUGGUAA